AUGCUCCGCUACUUGGACUGUUUACCUUCGUCCCUUUCAAUAUCUCAACUUCUCCUUGGUGGGACUAGAUCGAAAGGGUGGGAAAGCAUCUUCCUGACUGUGUCGACCUUACUGGAAAAUACUCCCCUAGUCGGGGAGCACGACCGGUUUCAGACUCUUUCUGAUUUUACCGCUCCGUGGGGAACUCUCAUUGCUGAGCUCCUUUGCUUGCUAGCGAAAGGACAGAUGUUGACAAUACCACCGCACGCCGGUGUAUUAGACCUACCUUCGGGAUACGGCUCGUACCUCGGGUUGUGGCUUUGCCUACCUUCUAGGAACGCUAAGAUAAAGCAAGGCUUUGGUCAGAGUAAGCAGACGGUCGGUCAACCCCUUCUAGGGGAGUACUCAAUUGGGUACACGAAUCCUCUAUUUGAGUUUAGGACUGCCAUUUGGAUCGGGAUUUACUCGCUUGGAUGUUUACCCAAGGUACGAUACUGGGCAAACUUAUUGCCAAGUCCUGCUAUAGAGAAGAGAUGGAAAAUCGACUCCGAUAUUUCUAUCCAGAGAACGAACGCAAAUCUAAAUUAUGAUGGAUCCUUUUGGAUACCCUGGCUCCUUCAGCGCGGAGAACUUCCGAUGUAUCGCUUCAUGGCGCUCCACUUCUUUCCCCUCGACGAAGAUAGCAGGCGAGACCUAAUACGUAUCCAAUAUUGGAAUCCUGAAAUGAUCGAAAUUGUCGACAUUCUAGAAAUAUGGCAUUUGAGCAGAUUAGCAACUUUUACACAACUUUUAGCGUUUAGCCAUCCCCUUUACGAGAACGAGCUGAGCUCCUAA